AUGGGAAUACUUCUUCCACCACUGAUCCAUUCAUACAUUAACAGCGUUAAGCCCUCAGAUGUGGCUGUGCUAUCCUCCAUUGGACUUGAUGUGAAUAGCACUGAACUGUUCACGGUGGUAUCAAGACUCAGAGAGUUGAUGUCCCUGUUCAAUCCUGAACUGAUCAGUCCUAUCUCAGAAGAACCCAACUUGUACGCCCCUCAGUUUGAUCAACUCAGCACACUAGUGGAGCAGGCAAAUGAACUGUCCCUCUAUCUCCAAAACAAUCAGGUAGGUGCUCCAGUCAUUAAUGUUGACAGAGAUUGGAAGCUAGUCCUUCUAUUUGUUCAGGUGAAUGAGCUCUGUGCCUGUGAGCAGCAGCAGGUUCAGUCUGUCAUCAAAGCAGUGAUUGAAGAGGUGGAUGAUGCUCUGCAGUUGCUGCACUCUCAGCUGAUGCGGACCAUUGUCAGUGUUGCACUGUGGGAUGUAGAGAAUGAUAGUUUCCACAACAAGAUGUGCCCGUGCAUGGAGACAUACAGUGAAGGCGAAGUCAGACUUCUAAAGGUCAUGCGGAGUCAAGCUCUGCAGGAGUCCUUGGGUGAGCUCAUGGUAAAGAAGCGCUGGUACAGUGACAGAGAUGACUUUAGUGUCAUUCUGCAGGAUGCACCUUUCAUCACAGACCCUUCAUCUGUCGCUAGUGGGAAGCCUCUCUCUGAGUCACAAGCAUCACAACAAACUGACAAACUGAUGGUGCAGAUGUGGACUAACCUGCUCCAGCCCACAAGUGGCCAACAAGACACGGAAGACAAUGUAAAGAUCAUCGCAUUGCCAUGUCCAACUGAGGACCGGCCCUUCCUGAGGACAGAGGGAAACUCUCCUUCAUAUGACCACAGUAAUGCCUCUCCUCUCAUUCACCCAUUUACAGGCACCGAGAUGCCCUGCGAGGACCUCAGCCCCUCGCCCUCCACACCCACAUCAGUCCAUGAACUCAGGCCUGGAGAUAUCAAAGUAGUGGCUGCUGUGGGUGAUUCUCUGACAGCAGGGAACGGUCUUGCAUCCAGCCAGAGCAACAUCCUGGACGUCCUGCGACAGUACAGAGGUUUGUCCUGGAGUAUUGGUGGAGAUGAAAACCUCACAACCGUCACCACGCUGCCCAACAUCUUAAAACAUUUUAACCAAAACCUGACGGGCUACUCUGUUGGCACGGGCAAGGAGGAGACUCCUCAGUCUUUCCUCAACCAGGCUGUAGCAGGAGCUAAGAGCAGGCACAUCCCAUCACAGGUGCGAGCCCUGGUGGCAAGGAUGAAGAAUGACUCUAGAAUCAAUUUUAAAUCCGACUGGAAGGUGAUCACCAUUUUUGUUGGUGGAAAUGACAUCUGUGAGCACUGUUACAACUCUCUUCUCUACUCUGUAGAGAAUUAUGUUCGUAAUAUUCGCGACAGCCUGGAUUAUCUCCACAAAGAGGUGCCUCGGGCUCUGGUGAACUUACUAGAACCUCUUCAUAUAACCCCACUGAGAGAAAUGCACAUGGAUGCUUCCCUUAAAUGCCCAACUUGGCUGGUAAAUAUUCUGUGUCCUUGCGUUAUCUUACCAAAGGCCAACUCUAAAGCUCUUCAAAUGUUGGAGGACCUCAAUAGAAGCUAUCAGCGUUUACUGCAUGAGGUUGUGGAGUCAAGCCGCUAUGACACUCGCCCAGACUUCACUGUGGUCAUCCAGCCUUUCUUCAGAGAAAUCAUCGUCCCCAGAUUGCCGGAUGGCCGCGCGGAUCGCUCCUUCUUCAGUGCUGACUGCUUCCAUCUCAGCCAGAAGGCCCAGACGCAGAUGGCUCGCUCCCUCUGGAACAACAUGCUGGAACCUCUGGGCAAUAAGACUUUCACACAGGAUUUUACUGCAGACAUAAAUCUAAAAUGUCCUACCAAGACUUCACCAUACAUCCGGACAUAUAACAACAGCAAUUACAAAUAUGCUGGUCCCUCUCCAACACCUGGACCUAUCACAAACUGGGGAAGUGACUUUUCCUGUGUGGACCUUGCUCCCUCUGACACUGUGCCAACUUCAGUUCAUACACUGAGACCAGCAGACAUCAAGGUGGUGGCAGCACUGGGAGACUCCUCAACGGCAGGCACUGGCGCCAAAGCAAAUAACCUGUUGAACCUCAAUAAAGAGUAUAAAGGAGUAUCAUGGAGCAUUGGAGGGGAUCAGACUCUGGAGACUGUCACAACACUACCAAACAUCUUGAGGAAGUUCAACCCCUCUUUAAAGGGCUUCUCCAAAGGCCAGGGAUCAAGACAGAAGGGCUUCAACAUGGCUGUAGCUGGAGCUAAGACCUCAGAGAUCCCACUGCAAGUCCAAGAUCUCAUCAAGGCAAUGAGAGAAAAUAAGGAGGUGGAUUUUGAAAAGGACUGGAAACUUGUGACAAUAUUUGUCGGCGGAAAGGAUCUUUGCAAUUACUGCAUAGACCAAAAUAAUCUAUCACCCAAAAACUAUAGCCACAAUCUUAUGCUGAGUUUGGACAUGUUAUACAAAGAGGUGCCAAGGCUGUUGGUUAAUGUUGUGGAGCUCUUGCAGAUAGAUCCACUAAAAUCAGUUAAGAGGAACACGCUUGGCUGUUCCCUUAUGCAGAGAACCAGUUGUCCCUGUGUUAUCAACCCAGCUGAAAAUUCCCCAGAGCUAGAAGAGAUUAAAAGAAUCAAUCACGAGUAUCAGGCUGAGACCCAGCAUCUUAUUUCUGGAAAUCGCUACGACGACAGAGAAGACUUUGCUGUUGUCCUCCAACCCUUUUUACAAAAUCUCUUCAUCCCUCAUAUUGGAGCAGGUGAGGCUGACCCGAGUUUCUUCUCUGUGGACUGUUUCCACAUCAGUGAGCGAGCUCAUGCUGAGAUGGCCAUUGCCCUGUGGAAUAACAUGCUUGAGCCUGUAGGCAGAAAGCAGGCCUACAACAACUUCACAUAUGACCGCUCCAAGAUUCACUGUCCCUCUGAGGCCAGUCCCUUCAUCUUCACUAAGAUCAACAGCCUACGAAGCCCAGCUGUGACCCCCACCCCCACCCCCAGCUCCAGUCCUGCACCAACCAUCCCUGUGCCCAAGUGUCCCUCCUCUAUGCCAGUGUGGGUGCCAGUGAUUGUGGGAAUUGUCAGUUUACUGGUUGGCAUUACUGCUGCCUGGCUAAUUCUCUCUCGCAGUCAGCGUCGGAAAAACAAAGUGGAGAAAACAGUAGAAAUGAGAGGAACUGGUUUUUAAUGCAGCUGUUUGUAUCAAAUUAUUGUCAACAGUAUAUCUAAGUCUUAAAGCAGCAUCAAGCAAAUGUUGGCAACUAGAGGGCAGAAAGACAGUAGACUUCAGAUCAAACUUUUGCUGCUAAUUCUGCUGUUUCACUUGAGGCAGGUAGUAAACAGUAAGUAAGCGGUGUCAGUGUGAGCUUUUGAAACUCAGCUCUCGACAAAAUCAUGUUGCUCAAAGAACAAACCGUCAAAACAAUGAGCUUAACCGAAAGCUGCAUAUAGUUGUAGAUUGAGAUUCAGA